CAGCAGCGUGCAGGGUCACAGACAGCCGGCCCCCCAUGUCAGUGGUCUAGGAUGGCCAGUGAAGCCACCAACAUCCCAAGCCCCGUGGUACGCCAGAUCGACAAACAGUUUCUGAUUUGCAGUAUAUGCCUGGAACGGUACAAGAAUCCCAAGGUCCUCCCCUGUCUGCACACUUUCUGCGAGAGGUGCCUGCAGAACUACAUUCCUGCCCACAGCCUGACCCUGUCCUGCCCAGUGUGCCGCCAGACCUCCAUCCUGCCCGAGAAAGGGGUGGCUGCGCUCCAGAACAACUUCUUCAUCACGAACCUCAUGGAUGUGCUGCAGCGGACGCCAGGCAGCAACGUCGAGGAGUCUUCCAUCCUGGAGACGGUCACCGCUGUGGCUGCAGGAAAGCCUCUCUCCUGCCCGAACCACGAUGGGAAUGUGAUGGAAUUUUACUGCCAGUCCUGCGAGACUGCCAUGUGUCACGAGUGCACAGAGGGGGAGCACGCCGAGCACCCCACAGUCCCACUCAAGGACGUGGUGGAGCAGCACAAGGCUGCCCUCCAGGUCCAGCUGGAUGCUGUCAACAAAAGGCUCCCGGAAAUAGAUUCUGCUCUUCAGUUCAUCUCAGAAAUCAUUCAUCAGCUAACCAACCAAAAGGCCAGCAUUGUGGAUGAUAUCCACUCCACCUUCGAUGAGCUGCAGAAGACUUUAAAUGUGCGCAAGAGUGUGCUGCUUAUGGAACUGGAAGUCAACUAUGGCCUCAAACACAAAGUGCUGCAGUCGCAGCUGGAUACCCUGCUGCAGGGCCAGGAGAGCAUCAAGAGUUGCAGCAGCUUCACGGCGCAGGCCCUCAACCACGGCACGGAGACCGAGGUGCUGCUGGUAAAGAAGCAGAUGAGCGAGAAGCUGAACGAACUGGCCGACCAGGACUUCCCCCUGCACCCGCGCGAGAACGACCAGCUGGACUUCAUCGUGGAGACCGAGGGCCUGAAGAAAUCCAUCCACAACCUCGGGACCAUCCUGACCACCAACGCCGUGGCCUCCGAGACGGUGGCCACGGGCGAGGGGCUCCGGCAGACCGUCAUCGGGCAGCCCAUGUCCGUGACCAUCACCACCAAGGACAAGGACGGCGAGCUGUGCAAGACCGGCAACGCCUACCUCACGGCCGAGCUCAGCACCCCCGACGGCAGCGUGGCGGACGGCGAGAUCCUGGACAACAAGAACGGCACCUACGAGUUCCUGUACACGGUGCAGAAGGAGGGCGACUUCACACUGUCCCUGCGUCUCUACGACCAGCACAUCCGGGGCAGCCCGUUCAAGCUCAAGGUCAUCCGCUCGGCCGACGUGUCGCCCACCACCGAGGGCGUGAAGCGGCGCGUCAAGUCCCCGGGCAGCGGCCACGUGAAGCAGAAGGCGGUGAAGCGGCCGGCCAGCAUGUACAGCACGGGCAAGCGGAAAGAGAACCCCAUCGAGGACGACCUCAUCUUCCGCGUGGGUACCAAAGGAAGAAAUAAAGGAGAGUUCACAAAUCUUCAGGGGGUAGCUGCAUCUACGAGCGGAAAGAUACUAAUCGCAGACAGUAACAACCAGUGUGUGCAGAUAUUCUCCAAUGAUGGCCAGUUCAAAAGUCGCUUCGGCAUCCGAGGGCGCUCGCCUGGGCAGCUGCAGCGGCCCACGGGGGUCGCUGUGCACCCGAGUGGGGACAUAAUCAUCGCAGAUUACGACAAUAAAUGGGUUAGCAUUUUCUCUUCAGAUGGGAAAUUUAAGACUAAAAUUGGAUCAGGAAAGCUGAUGGGGCCCAAAGGAGUCUCCGUGGACCGCAACGGGCACAUCAUUGUGGUGGACAACAAGGCAUGCUGCGUGUUUAUCUUCCAGCCCAACGGGAAGAUCGUCACCAAGUUCGGUAGCCGAGGAAAUGGGGACAGGCAGUUUGCAGGUCCCCAUUUCGCAGCUGUAAAUAGCAAUAAUGAGAUUAUUGUUACAGAUUUCCAUAAUCAUUCUGUCAAGGUGUUUAAUCAGGAAGGAGAGUUUAUGUUGAAGUUUGGCUCCAAUGGUGAAGGAAAUGGGCAGUUUAAUGCACCAACAGGUGUAGCAGUGGAUUCCAAUGGGAACAUCAUUGUGGCAGACUGGGGAAACAGCAGGAUCCAGGUUUUUGAUGGGAGCGGAUCAUUUUUGUCCUACAUUAACACAUCUGCUGAUCCCCUGUACGGCCCCCAAGGCCUGGCCCUGACUUCAGAUGGUCACGUUGUGGUUGCAGACUCUGGAAAUCACUGUUUCAAAGUCUACCGAUACUUACAGUAACAGCCUGCGGCUGGACAGUCCUCCCGAAGGUCUCGCACUAUAAACUGAAGUGGAUUUCUUGACCCAGGACCACAUUAUGACCAGACUUUUCGUGCUAGAAGGAAUCUUCAGUAAACUUUCCAAGGUUAUUUCUGAAUGUAACAAUUUAUUUAAAAACUGCUUAUCCAGUUUCCAGCAUUAUCACCUUUAGGGUUAAAAAAAAUCUCUUCUGAAUCUUUGAAAACUGCAAAGUUUUACACCUGUGAACUAUGGCUUGUAGGACAGGGAUUUAUGUAGUUCAACUAAUUUUGCAAAACAAACAGUUAAAAAUAUUCUAGCAUAUGUGAAGAUACUUGUUAAUCUUGUGAAUGGGCACCUUUGUGCAAAGCUCCCCAAAACAAAAUCUGUUGUCCUUAUAUACUUUUUACACCUAGGUCACAAGACCCAGGAAAUCUUCUAACCUCACUUUCACAGUAGGUAUUACUCUUGUGACACUGUUUGGGUUAUCAAUGACUGCAUAUGAAUUACUCUUGCAAGUCCUCCCAGCUCUGAUCAGCCGGCCUUUUGAGUUGAGCACUUAAGAAUCAAUGCAAAUUUCCUAACCUUUCAGGUUUAGAUCAAAGAUCAUCUUUGUUUGUUCUUUUCCACCUCUUUCCUGCUCACCUUGUUAUCAAAAAACAAAGUCCAUUUUCAAGGGAACCUGAAAUUCCUGAUGCUUUGAAAAUUAUAUUACAAAAGCAACGCUACCUUCUGUUCAAUGAAUAGCUCCAGAUUAACAUACUGGAGUGUUACGGAGAAAAAGUCACGUUUGAUGUGCCAUGUUUUCACGUGUCUUUCCUCUUCCACUUUGUGAAAGCGAAAGCUUUACCUCCUGCAAAACGUCAGCACAUGUAGUAGGACACCAGUAUCCUAGGACAGAGAGCCAUAAAGAGCCCUUUGGAGGACUCCAUGGUGUCAACCAAAGGCAUGUGAUUGAUUCGUGAUUUCCCCUUAGAGAGAAAGUGUUACCAAAGUUCUGUUAUCUCGAGAGCAUUACAGGUAAGGGCAUGUUACGGUUAUUUAUCAUGUUUAAUGAAUAGUAGAGGCAUUAAGGGAUUAUGUAUACAUGAUUAGGGUAAGAUAGAAUGUAUAAUAUAUACAUAUAUAUAGCUGAAUCUUUGGUGUAUUGAAAUAGGCAGCACUCUGAAAGACAGAAGCGUUAUCUAGCCAUUUUGCAGCAUAUUCCUUUACCAGUGAAGCUUAAUGCUGUCCUCAUGGAGGAAGCCCAAAGGCAAGUUUAAUUUUUUUGCCCGUUUUCCAGGAACAAUGAUGGUGGCUGAUGUUUAGUCAGAAAAUGGCUUUCUGUGCUUUUGAAGGAAGAAGACAAAGGAGAGAAGGAAAAAAAAGAUGAAAAGUUGAAUUAUAUUUAAUUUAAACUAUAAAAGCAUUUUGAGAACUGUUAAGAACAGUUUAGUCAGUUGUUCACCUGUCAUUAAUGCUGUACAGUAAGAUUCAGUCUAUUUCCACUGUUUAAUUUUCUACUCAGUUCUACCAAAUAUAAUGUUGUGUUUGACAUUUUCGAUAGUGACUUGGGAUCUUUUUCAUUGAAAGCACCUUAGAGCUGUACUAUAGAAAGCAUUUUCUGAACUUAUUAUAUGAAUGUGAUGUUUAUUUCUUAUUAAUUUAAAAUCCAGUCCUUCUCUACAUAGAACUUUUUAAAAUUUAGAAGGGAAAUCUAACUACUUCCAGUUCUCUGUUAAAUUUAUUACACCCAAAUCAACACCCAAAAAAUACUUUUUAGUAUUUUUUUAUUUAUGUAGAUUUUAAAAUAUUCAAGCCUAUCUGUGAUAAAGUCAUAAAAUUUACUAAUUCUAAUUUUUAGAAUGUUAAACUAAGAUAUUGUUUCCUAAGGUCAUUGAAAUGAGUCUUUGAAUUUAUUUUAUUUUAUUUUUUUCUCAGUGUCAGUGAUUGAACCCAGGGCCUCUUACAUGCUAAGCAUGAGCUCAACACUGAGCUGUACCUGUAGACCUGGUCUUCAAAUUUAAAUACCCAUCCAUAAAUCCAGGCACUAGGAAUAGAGCAAGGAAUAAAUAGACAAAAAUUCCUGUCCCUUGGACUUUACACUCUGGGGAAGAAAUUUCAUUUUUCAAUUUACUAAUAUUCCAACUGAAAGAUAGGCUAGAUUCUUGGACCAUUUAAAAGAAAACGUUUUUAAACUGGUUAAAUUAAUUUUAGUUUAUUUUCCUAAGUAAGAAUGUAUUUCUGUCUAAAUUGUCACAGACGUUUUUUCUUUUUCUUUGGUGCUGGAGAUUGAACCUAGGUCUUCAUACAUGCUAGGCAAGUGCUCUACCCACUGAGCUAUGCUUUUAGCCCUUGAUUUUGGGGUGUUUUUUUUUUUGGUACUGGUGAUCGAACUCGGGACCUUGUGUUUGUGAGGCAAGUGCUUGAACCACUGAGCUAAAUCUCCAGCCCUAUAGCCAUUGAUUUUAAAACUAAUUUAGAUAAAGAAGCUUUUUGUUUCAACAUCAAAAUGUUUGUGAACUUAGAAAUUAACUUAUAAACUAAUCAGCCAUUAUAUCAUAUCAAACUAGAUAUCCAGAUAUCCCAGUAAUAGGCUGAACACAAAACUUUUUUUUUUUUUACAUGUUGCAAACUGGAAUAGAAGAACAGAUAGCUUGACCUGGACCUGUUCCACUAUCUGUUACUAAAACACAUGCUAUAGGCACUCCAGGAACUACUAUAUUUUCCCACCAAAAUAUGUAAUCAUGUAUAUUAUAGAUAACAUUUCACACCUGGAUACAUACGUGUGUUUACUGUAUUUCCUGGUAAGCAUAUUUUCGGGGAAAGUGCUGCUUAUAAGAUACAGAUAGACAAGAUUUAGAUGAAAUUUUGUCACAUUCUAUAGAAAAUGGUUUCUGGUAAACUGAGAAGGAUAUUAAAAUAAGUGGCUUUUUUCUGGGCUACCAUUAUUGUUUGAUUUCUCCUUGUCAAGUGUAUAGAACCUGUCAUACGUUCAUGAUAAGUAGCACUGAAAAAGUACUCAUUCAGAUUUCUCCUGGGCACUUCCGGCAAAAUAUUGCCAGUUAGAAUUUAAAGGUCAGUGACAACGCGUUCUCUCCCUACACAGACCUCCCCUGCUGGCCAUGGGAAGGUGGGGAGUCACAUGACCAUCCGGAAACUAUGAACAAAAGCCUUCAUGAAUCUUGACCCCUUUUUUUUUUAAUGCUAUGUAGUAUUUCAGUGAAACUUUAGUCCCCAUAACUAAACAAGUCCCCAAGUUUCUUAACUUUCAUUUAGUCUACGACUAGAUUGAAGUAAAUAAAUACUCCAGAUCCUUGCAACUGUUGCACACUUGCUUCCACUACUAAAUACAGGGUAUGUCCUCUCAUGGAACUAACUGGAAUAGCAGUACGCUAGCAAGGGUCGGGGGAUCCUUCCACUGAGGAGGAACACAAAUGCUUUGGUAGUAGUACCUUCCGGGUAAAUCUGAGGAAAUAGCAAGUCAACAGCAGAUAGCAUUGCUGAUUACUUCAAAUGAGAAGAAUGUUUUGUACAUUUGAACUCUGUUCCUCUUUAUUGACCAGCUUAUGAAAAGGUAGGAGUGUUUUUAGUUGAAGAAUCAAAAAAAUUCCAGAGAAGAGGAAAUCAAAACUAUUGGAUGCAAACCUUAUCUAAUUCUGCUUAAAACUGAAAAAGUCAUGAUACUAUUGCGUUCUGUAAAUGUUGCAGGGUUUUAAACUUUACAAUUAUUUUAAUAUUUUUGAUAACUAGGAAUCUAGUAUUGCCAUAAAGGAAACUAAGUGCCCAUUAAAGAUUUACUUGGUAUAAAUAAAUAAUUUUUUGUUUUGUUUUAAAUGACAGUAAGCUACAAAUCAUGAUGCUAAUCUUAAAAACUUUUAAAGAUGAAUUGUGAGGCAGUGAUUGUGUGGUCUGUUUGUGCAGAAUGUAUGAAAGCUAUUAAUAUUCUAGAAUAGAUUAAUAAAUUGGCUAUGUUGUUCCAUUGAAUGUACAGCACUUCCACUAAUUUUCGAAAGCAACACAGCCUUAAAUUCAGUGCUUUUGCUUUAUGACAUUGGAAUGUUCUGUCAUCAUCAGAGUGUAUUCUUGUAAUAGAAUCCUUUAUAUCACUCUCAGUUCUAUAGCUUUUGAAUACUAUGUAUGAGUAUGAAGGUUUUUUGCUUCGUUUUCUUUUUAUUUUUACAUUCCAUCUUUAUAGCUCUGUUUCAUACAUUUUGUGUAUAGAACACUAAGUCUUGCUCUCUGACAUUGAUACUGAUAUUCUCAUCAUUUGUUCUUUUAUGAAUCAAAGUGCUGACUGCCUAUUUAAAGAAGAGAAUGAACGCUGUGCAUCAAAGUGUUUGUAUGUUCGUAGCUACAUACGUACCACAGUAUUUUGGAUGCUUUAGUCUACAAUAAAACUUUAAAUUAAUUCUGUCUUGAAACCUAGGAGAAACAAGAUUCAUAUGUAUAUCUUUACCAUGCACAAAAUCUCAAAUCAUUAUAAUAAAGCUUGUUUUCUCCAUUU